GGGCGUCCCUUGGAUCUUUGUGGGUUUAGCGAUUCCUGGCGUGCAGGCCUGACCUGGGCACCGCGACCCGAGCCCGUGACACAGUGGGGAGUGUCCCUUCGUCUGCCCGCCUGCGAGGGGCUGAGGAGGCCUGGAGCUGGGCGCAGAGUUGCGGGGCCGAUCGUUUCCCUGUGAGGCUCUCCCCAGAAUCCCUGCUGCCUCCGGGCAGUGGAGGAGAGGGCACCGAGGUCCCAGGUGUGGCUGUGGCCGUUUUUCCUGGUGCUCUGCGUGAGAGCUGGGUUCAAGAGCCUGGUCCCUAGGAGGAGAGCGGAGGAGCGGAGCCCGUGGGCGGAGGCCGGGCGCGUGAGGGGUCUGGAAGUGGGAGCGGGAGAAGAGCAUCGCCCCCGCAGCCAUGCCGCGCGCCGCUGGGAAGUGGACCCGGGUUUGACAGCCCUGUUCUGGGCGCUGCGGGUUGGCUGGGCGUCGCUGCCGGAGUGGGAAUGCCUGGUGUCACCCAGCUUGCUCCUCGCUCCCUGAACCCCGGGAGGACCGCGGGGACCCGGCCGAAGGACAGAGAUUUGGACCUAGUGAAAGGACAUCGCCCCUUAGCACCAGCUAUGGACUCCACAGCAUCAGUUCUCCCUUCUCAGGACCCUGCUCUUCCUCCAGAGAGAUGCCCAGGAGAAGAGGGAACAGCCAGCUUAUUCCUGAAAGCCAGGCCCCAGGACCUGAUGACAUUUGAGGAUGUGGCUGUGGAAUUCACCCGGUGGGAGUGGGGGCAGCUGGACCCUACUCAGAAGGAUGUGUACCGGGAAGUGAUGCUGGAGAAUUUCAAGAACCUGGCCUCCCUGGGGUUUCCGAUGUCCAAACCGUAUGUGAUCUGCCGGUUGGAGGAAGGGGAUGAGCCCUGUACUUUGGAGAGGGAAAUCUCAACAGGUGCCCCCGCAGACUGGGAGAGAAGGCGUCAAGCCAAGGAAUCAAUGCUAAGUCAGGGAAUUUCCAAAGAAGAAUUAUUCCAGAUAGUAUCAGUGGAAAAACACAUUAGAGAUGAACUCUGGUCCUCCAAACUGAAAGCAACUUGUGGUUGUGAUGACCAGUUAGAGAUGCAUCCAAAAAAGCAGGAGAGACAUCUGAAAGAAAUGUCAUUCACUCACAAAUCUACUACCACCCUUAGGAGCGAUCAUGAGUGGAGUGAAUUUGGGACAAGUUUAGGUUUAAGAUCAGUCCCUGUUAACCAACACAGUGUUCUCAUGGGAGAAGGAUACUAUAAAUGUGAUACAGAUUUCAGAGAGACUUCAGGGAGAAAUAACUCUCAGAGAACCCAUCCAGGGAAGAAAUCUUGUAAAUGCAAUGAAUGUGGGAAGUCGUUCCAUUUCCAGUCAGAACUUAGGCGCCAUCAGAGAUGUCACACUGGAGAAAAGCCCUAUGAGUGCAGUGAAUGUGGAAGAGCCUUUGGUCAUAUUUCAUCUCUUAUUAAACAUCAGAGAACUCAUACUGGAGAAAAGCCCUAUGAAUGCAGCGAAUGUGGGAGAGCCUUUAGCCAGAGUUCAUCUCUUGUUCUACAUUAUAGAUUUCAUACAGGAGAGAAACCCUACAAAUGUAAUGAAUGUGGAAGGGCCUUUGGUCAUACUUCAUCCCUUAUUAAACAUCAGAGAACUCACACUGGAGAAAAGCCCUAUGAAUGCAGAGAAUGUGGGAGAACCUUCAGCCAGAGUUCCUCUCUCAUUGUACAUUACAGAUUUCAUACAGGAGAGAAACCCUACAAAUGUAAUAGAUGUGGGAGAGCCUUCAGCCAGAGUUCCUCUCUCACUCAACAUUAUAGAUUUCACACCGGAGAGAAACCCUACAAAUGUAACGAAUGUGGAAGAGCCUUUGCUCACACUGCAUCCCUUAUUAAACAUCAGAAAAGUCAUGCUGGGAAAAAAACCCUAUGAAUUCAGACAAUGUGGGAAGGCUUUCAGCUGGAGUACACACACCACUAA